CUACCGACAUCACAUGACCAAAUCUCUGCGUGCCAGUACCAGCAUCAGACGCAUAGUUAAGCAGCUUUUAUCAGGCUUUUGGCAUAUGUUUCCGGGCGCCUCUACUCGUAAUAUCACUCCUAAAAUCUCGUUAUGCCAAAUGAAACCAAAAGAAAGACAGAAAAUGACAGUUCAAGCGAUAGAAAAAAACCAAAGAACGUUCAAGCACUGAGUAGCUUGAAAGGAAUCCCCAACAGAAAGCACUACCGCCACUCUUACCCCCAAUCGUCAGCCGUUACCUGCCUCUCUGUGGCUUCUGGGCAGGAGAUUGUCGCCCUGGGGACGGCCACCGGGGUGGUCACUUUCUGGGCGCGAGAUUCCAACUCAGCCCAGUUAGAGGUGGCUAAGUCCUAUUCCACUCACGCUGGCCGCAAAGUGCGCCAGAUUGUGUACGAUAAGGCGGGGAAAUUACUGGUGAGCAUGGCGGAAGGCGAUGCCUCGCUCAAGAUGUAUGAACUUUCGUCGCUUGACAUGAUCAACGAUUUGCCCUUACCCUUCACCCCGGGCUGCAUUGCGUGGUUCGAGUACAACAACAAACAAGGACUUGUAGUUUCUGAUAGCGCCUCGGCUGAUGUGUACUUGUUGGACUUGGACGAGUACCAGUCAGACGAUGAAGACGACCAGGACAGGGGCUUGGUGAAGAUAUCUCCGUUGCACAAGUUUCCAGUGGUAGCUAUGGCAUUCAACUACAAGUACAGCUGCAUGGUCAGUGUGGAUAGCAAGGGAAUGAUGGAGUACUGGGCCCCCGAUCCUGACGCUAACUAUGCACCACCGACCAGUGUCUUUAAACUCAAGUCCCAAACCAACUUGUACGAUUUGAGAAAGGCCAAGGCAUGGGCUAGUGACAUCCAGUAUUCGCCAGACUACGAAAGGCUCGUGGUCAGAUCUACCCCCGAUGAGUACAUCCGGGUCUUUGAUUUCCAGACAGGCAAGACUGUGUUGGUGAUUGACGAAUCGGUUGCGGCGAAUAAGGGCAGUUAUGACCGCUCGGAUGAGUGGUUACUGGCUGAAAACCUCAGCCAGCUCGAAUUUAACGCCAAAGUAAAGACAGAAGCUGACUCCGCGCUUCUUAGAAACGUCGCCAUUGACGAAACAGGCGAUUUGCUCAUGUACGCUACGCUCGUUGGCAUCAAGGUAUACAGUAUCAAGGCCGGUCAGUGUGUGCGUGUCCUAGGGGUUGCUGAGUCACUAAGUUUCGAACACGUUGUCAUUGUGCAGUCCUCCUCCUUCGCGCUGAGAUUGCUCACCAUCGAAAUGGCCUCUGCCACCAACGAUAUCAUCAGCAAGGAGUGGCUGCAGUCGCCUAUGUUGAUUUCUACCGCCUCCAACAAGGAUAGGAUCUACGUGUUUGAUAAGGACGGCGGAGAAAAGUUUGAGGAGUACAAGUUCGAAAGAGACAGCUUUGUGGGCGCUCAACAGGACGUAAAGGGUGCGAGAUUCCAGGCUGCGAACGCAGAAAGGAUAUCCCAGAAUACGAUCGUCACGUUACACACUAGCAUGGGGGACAUACGCUUAAAGCUCUAUCCGCAGUUCUCUCCGCUUGCAUCUACCAACUUCCUCAGUUUGUGCAAAAAGAACUACUACGACAACGUCAUCUUCCACCGUGUAAUCAAAGGCUUCAUGCUUCAAACAGGUGAUCCUACGGGUACAGGCACUGGCGGUGAGUCUUCGUUCAAGGAUGGGGCGCCCUUUAAAGAUGAGUUCACCCCACUCUUGAGACACAACAAGCCGUUUGUGCUCUCUAUGGCCAACGCCGGUGCCAAUACGAAUGGCUCGCAGUUCUUCAUUACCACUGCUAAAGCCCCUUGGUUGGAUGAUAAGCACACCAUUUUCGGUGAAGUGGUGUCAGGUGAGCCCAUUGUGAAGGAAAUUGAGAACCUUGAGGUUGAUGGUGAAGACAGACCGCACGACCCGCCAGUGAUCCUCAAUACGUCUAUAGAAGAGUAAUAUAAAAGUAUGAUAUAGGGUAGUGCUCUCCGG